UGGAGAAAGAUCUGGACUCUGGAUCGUGGGUCUGGUGGAAUGGACUGGUGUUGAGAGUGAAAAUAAGGAAGUGUGUGUUUAUGUUAAUCAGGUCUCGGAGGAGCCGGUGGGUAUAAAGAGGAGGGAGUUACGAGUUCCUCUCACUGUAGAGACGGAGAUACAGAAGAACAGAGGAAGAUCUGAAAUCAUGAAGCUCCUGCUGUGGAUCACCAUCACUGUCGCCUUAUUGGUCGAGAGCUGCCUGAUGGAACGACCUCACCCUCCUCAUCCUCCUCAUCCUCACCCUCCUCACCCCACUCACCAUCAUCAUCAUCCUCAUCCCUGCAGGUCUCCCUCAGAGCUUGAAGGAAAGCUUACUGUGACGACUCCGAGCGGUGAGUUCUUUGCGUACGGUAAAUACACGUACGACGCCGACGGUCAGCGGAUCCGGUUUGAAGAACUUGGACAGUAUCAGAACAAAUCCUUCAGAGCCGACGUCCUGCUGCUCUAUAAAGAGGGUGUGAUGUACACGAUUAACCGUGAGGAGAAGACCUGCGCUAAAUCAGAGCUGAAAGACACUUUCCACCCCAUGGAGAUCCCGGAUAACGCCACUCUGCUGGGGCAGGUGGUUCUGGGUAGUUUCUCCGCCCCAGGUGAAGGACUGCUGGUCAACUCCUGGAUGGGAGAGAUGCCUCUACUGGAAGCGAAGUACUUCCUGACGUUUACUGAGUUUGGCUGCCUCCCCAUCUCCUCCCUGUACUACUCACAGAAAACUGGCUGGAUCACCACCAGCUUCUUCAACAUCGUGGUGGGGAUCAAAGACCCGAGCUCACUGACUCCGCCCCCUUUCUGUACCAACGCUACAGUGGAGAGCGAGGGAAACUUCUACAGCGCUUUCUUCUAAUAUGAAAACCAUAAAAAUCAUUUAAUACCUUCAUUUAAUCAGUGAAAUUAAACUGAUCUAAUGUUUCUGACAUUUUUUACUGAAUUUGUUUUAAGUUAGUUAAAAAAAAAUUGCACAUACCUUUUUAAGAAUGUGUUUUUUAUUUCAUAAAGUGAAUGUUUUGAUGUCAUAUAUUUUUUAUUUACAAUGUAUCAUAUUGUCCUUUAGACUGGACUUUAGUUACGGCUUCAUUAAAGCACAGCUGCCACUAAUAACAAGCUCAAACACAUGUUACACAUCCGCUCAUAUAAGCUCUGUACAUUUAAUAAAUGCUGCUGUUAAAAAACA